AAUAUCCAUAAAAUGCAAUGAUGAAUAAUUUCUCCGCCAACAAAGUAAAAGCAAAACUUGGAAAUACACAUCAAUGUAGAUAUACAUAUAUACAUAUAAAUAAUCAUCAUAUAUCUGACGCUCCGUUCCACUCCCUCAAGCAAUCUCAGAAAUCUGCGGAAAAUUUCGCCCAAAAUUAUUUGUUUUUCUGUUUUUUAAUAGAACUCUCAGAUCUGCCUGCAUUUCAUGUUCUAUUGAUUUUGUUUCAGGAUAUCAAUAUAGACGUUGGGAAUUCAGGAAUUUUUGUGCCCGAAUUAAGGGGAUUGGAAUUGGAUUGCGGUUUUGCUGGUGCGGAGCGCGUUGAUGUGUUGCCUUUUGUUCCGAUUUCCCCCCUCUUCUGUGGAAAAUUAGAUCUUGAAAAUUGGCUCCGCAAAAGAGAUCGAUGCGCCACGUUGCUGGCCAGAUGCAGCAGAGCAGCGCGGCGGCGGCCACCGCUCUCUAUGAUAAUGCCGGACCAGGGGUGUCCGGCGGAGAUGCGGGGGAUGCGGUGAUGGCGCGGUGGCUGCAGUCUGCUGGAUUGCAGCAUCUGGCCUCUCCAAUGUCGUCCAAUGCAGUCGAUCACCGCCUGCUCCCUAACCUCCUGAUGCAGGGCUACGGACCGCAAUCUGCAGAAGAGAGACAGAGGCUCUCCAAAUUAAUGAGGAAUCUCAACUUCAAUGGUGAAACUGUUUCGGAGCCUUAUACCCCAACCCCAACUGCCCAGGGCUCAGGUGCAUUUACUCCAACAGAGGGUUAUUACUCUCCUGAGUUCAGGGGGGAUUUUGGAGCUGGACUUUUGGACUUACAUUCUAUGGACGACACAGAGCUCUUAUCUGAUCAUGUUAUCUCAGAGCCAUUUGAGCCAUCUCCUUUCAUGCCUGCUGUGACCAAAGCCUUUGAAACUGAUAUUGUUGGGGUAGCCAACAGGCAGCAAAGGGGACCAAUGGAUGCAGAAGCCCCUGUUGGGCCUUUUAAUGAAAAAGAAUUGAGCACAAGGGAAAAUAAUGUGGCUAAGAUUAAAGUUGUGGUUCGUAAGAGGCCAUUAAACAAGAAGGAACUUGCUCGCAAAGAGGAUGAUGUUGUGGCUGUUUAUGAUGAUGCCUAUUUAACAGUCCAUGAACCCAAGUUGAAGGUUGACCUGACUGCAUAUGUAGAGAAGCACGAGUUUUGUUUUGAUGCUGUCCUGGAUGAGCAAGUGUCAAAUGAUGAGGUAUACCGUAAGACUGUCGAGCCAAUAAUUCCUAUCAUUUUUCAACGUACCAAAGCAACAUGUUUUGCAUAUGGUCAGACAGGAAGUGGCAAGACAUACACCAUGCAGCCAUUACCUCUUAGAGCAGCAGAAGACCUUGUGAGAUUGCUGCAUCAGCCAGUUUAUCGUAAUCAAAGAUUCAAGCUCUGGCUGAGCUAUUUUGAGAUAUAUGGAGGAAAACUUUACGAUCUUCUGAGCGAUAGGAAGAAACUCUGCAUGAGAGAAGAUGGCAGACAACAAGUCUGCAUUGUUGGACUGCAGGAGUUUGAAGUCUCUGAUGUGGCUAUUGUAAAAGAAUAUAUUGAGAGGGGAAAUUCCUCGAGAAGCACCGGCUCUACGGGUGCUAAUGAGGAGUCCUCGAGAUCCCAUGCUAUUCUGCAACUGGUUGUGAAGAAGCACCCUGAGGUGAAAGAAUCUAGGAGGAAUAAUUACAAUAAUGAUGCAAAUGAAUCCAGGGUUGGGAAGGUUGUUGGCAAGAUUUCUUUUAUUGAUCUUGCUGGUAGUGAAAGGGGUGCUGAUACUACGGAUAACGAUCGACAAACACGGAUUGAAGGUGCAGAAAUCAACAAAAGUUUACUGGCACUCAAGGAAUGCAUUCGUGCUCUUGACAAUGACCAGAUUCACAUCCCAUUCCGAGGAAGCAAGCUUACCGAGGUUCUUCGUGAUUCCUUUGUGGGCAACUCAAGGACUGUUAUGAUCUCUUGCAUUUCUCCAAAUGCUGGUUCAUGCGAGCAUACUCUCAAUACUUUGAGAUAUGCCGAUAGGGUUAAAAGUCUUUCAAAAAGUGGGAACCCGAGGAAGGAUCAAUCUAGUUCAUUGCCAUCAAGCGCCAAGGAACCUUCAUCAGCUACAACUUCAUCUGCCGCUGCUGCUGCUGCUGAGGCAGAGGAUUUUUAUGAGCAGCAUCAAGAAUCUAAAGCAAUGGAUACAAGUAGAAGAGUUUCGGAGAAGGAAACUUCAUCUUUCAAUUUUUCUACUGAGGAAGAGAAACCGCCUUCUAGUUUCUCUUCCAAUUUCAACUUAAAUGGCCGUGAUGAGAGCGGAAUGGCUGCUGUUGGUAUGGAAAAGGAACGGUUUGAUGUUAAAAAUUCUUUGAGGGCCUCUACAAGUCAGAAGACAUCUUCUGCUGGAUACACUCAGAGUUCGACUGAUGUAGAAGAGAAGGUGCAGAAAGUAUCUCCACCUCGGCAAAAAGCUUACAGGGAGGAUAGGCUCGAAAAGCAGGGGCAUGGACUAAGAAGGGAUUAUGACAAUAUGGAUAUAAUGUCGCCCACUAGUUAUAAGCAACAAAAUGCGAACACCUCUAAUGCAAAUGCCCCUGUUGCUAAGCAGAGCGAACCUGAGCAGCCCCGUGAUGGCAGUAUCAAUGAGAUACUUGAGGAAGAAGAGGCCCUCAUUGCAGCCCACCGCAAGGAGAUUGAAGAUACUAUGGAGAUAGUUCGUGAAGAAAUGAAACUAUUAGCGGAAGUGGAUCAGCCAGGCUCCCAUAUCGACAACUAUGUGACACAACUGAGUUUCGUGCUAUCACGCAAAGCAGCUAGCCUCGUCAGCCUUCAAGCUCGCCUCGCCAGGUUCCAGCACCGGCUAAGGGAGCAGGAAAUACUGAGUCGAAAAAGGGUACCCCGCUGAAGCAACACUUACCGGAGAGUGACCCGUGAAACUUACGUUACGUUCGUUCUUGUUUAUUGUACCGAUUAUAGCCUACUUUUACUGUCAAUUAUACAUACGAAUCGCCCGAGUUGAAGUUUGUAUUUGUGAAGCAGAAGAAAGCGACUUAGAUAAAUAUGCUAAGAAAUUGUUGAAAGAGAAUAUUGUGAAACCUGGGAAACUAACGAUACUUCGGCAUUUUGUCAUCA